AUGAAAUGGAAAUGAUAUUUGAUGGCGAGAAUGAGAAUAGUAGGAUUAACGGUGCAGAGGGAAGUUAGGGAUGUGGUGAAACGGAAGAGGAGAGGGUGUUUUAAAAUGCACUAUCCAAUAAUGAAUUGGGGUUUUGGUUGGCGCCACGAAAUUCCCGUGGAUGCCAUUUUCAUUGUCACAGCAGAGGCAGGGGCAGAGAGAGAGGGAAAGGGAUUAACGAUAACCAAACCAAUUUACUCCUCUCGCUCUCUCCUCACCUCAAUUCGCAAUCAACAAUGGCGUCCCCUUCUCUGGCGGUGGCCCUCCUCCUUCUCUUCUUCAACUUUGCGUCGGCCGCCGAUGACGCCCUCUGCAAUCAUGACUUGCAAUUGGUGAAGAUAAAGAGCUGGGUUGACGGGAACAGAGAUACAGAGUAUAAUGGUAUGACUGCAGCAUUUGGCUCUUAUUUGCCUCAGAAUCUUGAUCAAGCUGUCAAAUCUCCUGCAAUUUUUGCUGAUCCUAUGGACUGUUGUUCCGCUUCAACCGCAAAGUUCUCUGGAUCAGUUGUUCUAUGUGUACGAGGUACUUGUGACUUCACAACCAAAGCUUCAAUCGCACAGUCCGGAGGCGCUGCUGCCGCAUUGAUGAUAAACGACGCAGAUGAACUCUUUGAGAUGGACUGCUCCUCCAAUGACACUAGGACAAAUAUUUCAAUUCCGAUCGUGGAGGUAACAAAGACAACCGGAGAAACUCUCAAAAACUUUUUGACACCUAAAAGGAAAGUUGAGGUUUUGCUAUAUGCUCCAACUCGCCCAGUUGUAGACUACUCAGUUGUCUUUUUGUGGUUGAUGGCUGUUGGAACGGUUAUAUGUGCUUCACUAUGGUCAGAUAUAACUACUCCUGAUCAAUAUGAUGAACGCUAUAAUGAAUUGUCUCCCAAGGGAACUAAGACUGAAGCAGGGAAAGAUGAUUCUGAGGACUUGGUUAACAUAGAUACAAAGGGUGCUAUCGUCUUUGUUAUUUCAGCAUCUACUUUUCUUGUGCUACUGUUCUUCUUCAUGUCCUCUUGGUUUAUAUGGGUUCUGAUCGUACUUUUCUGCAUUGGUGGUAUUGAGGGGAUGCACAAUUGUAUUGUGAGCCUUGUUUUAAGAAAACGUCCAAAUUGUGGUCAGAAGACUCUGAAUUUACCAAUGUUCGGAGAGGUUUCUAUUUUCUCGCUGAUAGUGUUACUAUUCUGCGUGAUAUUUGCGGUUCUAUGGAUUGUUUUUCGGCACGAAGCAUUUUCAUGGUUUGGGCAAGAUUUUCUUGGCAUCUGUUUGAUGAUAACAGUCUUACAGAUGGCUCGAUUGCCUAAUAUUAAGGUUGCAACUGUACUCCUUUGUUGUGCAUUUAUAUACGACAUCUUUUGGGUAUUCAUAUCUCCAGUGAUAUUCAAUAAGAGCGUUAUGAUUACAGUUGCUCGUGGUGACAAGGCUGGUGGUGAAGCAAUUCCUAUGCUUUUGAGAUUUCCUCGUCUUUCUGAUCCUUGGGGUGGCUAUGAUAUGAUUGGAUUUGGAGAUAUUCUCUUUCCUGGUUUGCUUGUUUCCUUUUCUCGCAGAUUCGAUAAAGAUAAUAAGAAGGUUGGCUUUAGCGGAUAUUUUCCUUGGUUGAUAGUUGGCUAUGGCUUCGGCCUCUUCUUCACAUAUCUGGGGCUAUAUAUGAUGAACGGUCAUGGACAACCUGCACUGCUCUACCUUGUACCGUGUACACUAGGGGUCACUGUGGUAUUGGGAUGCAAAAGAGGUGAGCUAAAGAGCCUUUGGAGUUAUGAUGCAGACUCGCCUACGUCCACCAAAGAACCUUCUCAAGUUUAGAUCGUUACUCUGUUCUAUGCAACUGGGAAAUGUUCGUUGAUACAUCAAUAUCCGUCAAUGGGAUGCAGUCUAUACAGUUAUUAGGAGAGAUUCCAGGUGUACUGACAAUUCUUUAACUAUCUAUUGUAUUUUGUGAUUAACCAAGGAUAUGUGAAUGUUCUUUCUGCUGCUUGAUAGUUGUUGAAAAAAGAACAAUGAAGCAGGCAUUUUUGGGUUGUGUUUGGAUGACAAAGUAAUUGAAGGUGCAACCAAUGUGAUGAUCGUACAAUGUCAAGUGCAUUGUAAUAUCGAUAAUUAAUUGUUUGAUUAUUAUUAUUAUUAUUAUUAUUUCAGCAUUUAACUUGACACCAUUAGAAUAAACUAAAUUUUCCUUUUUUAUGUUGCA